UAAAGGGUGAGGGAGUGAGAGCAGCACAGACGAGAGGGGGAAGAGUGAGAGAGAGGAGUUUAAUGGAGAGGCUGAGCUGCUGCGCACAAACACAGAUUUGAUCAGUGACUUUAACUCGCUGCUGUGCUGGUCAGUGUGCAGUGAAGCCAUCCACUGCAAACAAGCACAGCACCACCACCACCACCUCCACCUUUUACCGCCACCACUGCUUCUACUUGUUGAGCUGGAGAGUUGGAGCUUUUAUUUUUUAUUUUUUAUUUUUUUUGUAAACUGAGAGGAAGAAGUUCAGGAACUCCGCGUGGGACUGGAUUCCAUUUUGGACGUAUUUAUAUGUCAACACCUUUGUUGCAUUUUGUAAUGUUGGGUGAUCGGAAACAAGCGCGGAACCUGUGGAUUUAACCUAAAAGAGAAAGAAAAACGGAUUUGGGACUGAUUUUAUUUCUUGUGUCUUUGUGACUUUUGUUGCUCCGGCGUGCAUGAACAUUUAAACUAAAAAAAACAAAACAAAAAAAGAGAGAGACAGAGAUUUUAAAAGAAAUAUAAAGAGAAGAAGCGAUGGAAGUAAGUGCGGAUCAGCCACGAUGGAUGAGCCAUCAUCCCGCGGUGUUGAACGAGCAGCAUCCCGGCUCACAUCACCCGGGCCUCGGCCACUCAUACAUGGACCCUUCGCAGUAUUCCCUCGUUGACGAAGCGGAUGUACUCUUUAAUAUCGAUGGACAGGGGAACCACGUCUCUUCAUACUAUGGAAACUCUGUCCGAGCCGUCCAGAGGUACCCUCCUCCUCCACACAGUAGCCAGGUGUGCCGUCCCUCAUUACUGCACGGCUCUCUGCCUUGGCUGGAGGGGAGCAAAGGCAUCGCCCCGCACCACAGCACUUCACCCUGGAACCUGAGCCCCUUCCCCAAGAACCCCCUGCACCACGGCUCCCCGGCCAGCCUGUCCGUCUACCCCCCGGCCUCCUCCUCCUCCCUGUCCACCGGUCACUCCAGUCCGCACCUCUUCACGUUUCCCCCGACCCCUCCGAAAGACGUAUCCCCGGACCCCGGCAUAUCCACCCCGGGCUCCAGCAGCUCCGGGCGGCAGGAGGAUAAAGAGUGCAUAAAGUACCAGGUGACCCUGGGCGACAGUAUGAAACUGGAGUCAGCUCACAGCCGGAGCGUGGCAUCAAUCGGAGCAGGGUCAUCCUCUGCCCACCACCCCAUCGCCACAUACCCAUCCUAUGUCCCUGAAUACGGCCCAGGCCUCUUCCCACCAAGUAGCCUGAUAGGUGGGUCACCUUCUAGUUAUGGUUCCAAAACAAGACCAAAAACAAGGUCCUGUUCAGAAGGUAGAGAGUGUGUGAACUGCGGGGCCACGUCGACUCCCCUGUGGAGGCGGGACGGUACGGGUCACUAUCUGUGUAACGCCUGCGGACUCUAUCACAAGAUGAACGGGCAGAAUCGCCCUCUCAUCAAGCCCAAACGGCGGCUGUCUGCAGCCAGGCGGGCAGGGACGUCAUGCGCGAACUGUCAAACGACAACGACGACGCUGUGGCGGAGAAACGCCAACGGGGACCCGGUGUGUAACGCCUGCGGCCUCUACUACAAACUGCACAAUAUCAACCGACCUCUGACCAUGAAGAAGGAAGGCAUCCAGACCAGGAACAGGAAGAUGUCGAGCAAGUCCAAGAAGAGCAAAAAGUCCCAAGACAGCAUGGACGACUUCUCCAAGAGCCUGAUGGACAAGAGCAGCUCCUUCAGCCCGGCGGCGCUGUCCCGCCACAUGUCGUCCUUCCCUCCCUUCUCGCACUCCAGCCACAUGCUGACCACCCCGACACCCAUGCACCCUUCCUCGUUCGCACCCCACCACCCUUCCAGUAUGGUCACGGCCAUGGGUUAGACCUCCCGAACGCCCAAGAAACAACCCUCGGCCUCGCCAACCACCACCACCACCAUCAUCAUCGCCGCCACCACCACACCCCUCGGUACCUCUGCUGACCUGCUUCAACACCCUUAAAAAGACAAAUGCUCCACGGCUGCGGUGCGACGACGACGACGACGACAGGCUCGACGCUCCUUUUGCCCUCAGUUGUAUCUUAUUUUUAUAAAAAUCAAAGAGUACCUCUGCGACACGAAUGCUUUGCAGACUCGACUCGACUGCGGCGCGCUGACCUCCACGGGGGACGAAGGAGGAAGAUCUUCUUUUUUUUUUUUUCCUCUCUCACUCCCCUAAAGCCGCCGCCACCACCACCACCACCGCAUUGAGGCUGUCCUCCCGGCUGAUCCACGCGAUAAGGAGCUCCAUUUGUGUACAAAAAGCCAUUUUGUUCCCCCCAUCCGACACACACACACACACACACACACACGAACAUCACGAAAAAGACACGAAAAGAAACUUUUACAACGCUCUCUCCCCUUAAAAAUUCCCGCCUCUCUCUUCGACCUUUGCACCUGUGUGACAGGAAACCCCCCCCCUUCUCCUUCCCCUGCCCUCUCCUCCUCCUUCACCUCCCUCCGAGGAGAGACAGACGUUGAAUAUAUUUGUACAAAUUGUAUGAAAUACAAUACAUUUAAAUGAAGACUUUUUAAUUAAAAAACACAAAAAAAAACGCCCAACCAAACCCCCCCCCCGCCGGGCAGCUAAAGGGUACGAACGGCGAGAGGCGGAGAGACUUUUAGCCGCCGCCGCAGGAGGAGGAGGAGUCGAGGAGAGGAGACGCCUCGGGAUGGAGGACGGAAAGAAAAAAGGGAGGUGAGGAGAGACUUUUUCGAAAGAGAGAGCGCGAGAGAGAGAGAGAGAGAGAGAGGGCAGGCCUCCGAUGUCGCCUGCUUGAAUUGUGUUGCAUUAAGUUUGCAGAGAGUCGUCGCCGGCGUCUCUCUUCUUCUUUUUUUUUUUGUUUUUGUUUUGUUUUAUUUUAUUUUUUGGAUGUGCUAUAGGUCUCGGGCAAAUUGGUUUGUGUUGACACACACACACGCACACACACACACAUGCACACACACAUUUGAUGCUGACCUGAAAGACUUUUUUCUUCCUGCCCACAGAUUAUAUGCAUUGUGAAGAAACGAAAAAAAAAAAAAACAACAACAAAAAAAAAAAAAAGUUCCUGUAUUUGUUAUUUGUAUGUAUAAAAUCAGAGUACCAAAAAUACGAAAUAAACAAAGAUGUAGAAUUAUUUCUUUAUGUUAUGCAAACUGAAUGGUUGUAAAAAAUUUAAUAAUAAUCACUAGUGUAAAAUAUGA